AUGACGAAAAAAGAAAAGCACUUGGCGCUGCAACAUGUAACGUUUUUCUCCAGCCCAUUGAAAAUGUUCAAUCCAAAUAUUGAAGCAAAUCCGCAGCAGAAGCAGGCGGUGCUGCACAUCGUCAACAAGUCGUCGUUCCCCGCUCCGUAUAUUUUAUACGGACCGCCUGGAACGGGGAAAACUGCCACGUUGGUGGAAGCCAUAGUUCAAAUACACAAAGCCUUCCCGCUUAAUUGUAUUUUGGUGUGCACGCCAUCCAACACUGCCGCAGACGAGAUAGCAAGACGAUUGCUAAAAUUCAUUGAGACGUCUGAAGUGUGUAGAAUCUACAGUCCGUCUAAAGAUCCAUCGACUAUAGAUGAAGAAUUGAAGAGCUGUUCUUAUGGUGGAGGGACAGCAAACAAGCAAACUGACGAGUUUAUUAAUAAGAAAGCCAUUCUCGUUUCAACUUUAUGCUAUGCGAUGAGAUUUGUACUAAUGGGACUGAGAGCUUCAUAUUUUUCGCAUAUUUUUAUUGAUGAGACUGGUCAAGGCAUCGAACCAGAUGUGUUAAUUCCGAUAAGUAUAGCAAGUAAAAAUCGCAAACUUUACAGUCAAAUUGUUGUAGCCGGUGACCCUCAGCAACUAGGGCCGACUGUCACAUCGAAGCUAGCUGAGGUCAUUCUUGGGAGAUCGAUCUUAGAAAGGCUUAUAUCUUACAACAUUUACCAAAAAAACUAUCAUGGUAAUUACAAUCCCAAGUACAUUACCAAGUUGCUUCGUAACUAUCGUAGCCAUCCAAAAAUCCUUCACAUUUCGAAUGAAUUAUUUUAUGACAAUCAAUUAUUACCGCAAUUGUCAAUUGAUAAUAAUCAAAAGGUCCAAUUCCCCGUAAUUUUUCAUGCAGUUGACGGUCUCGAAGAAAAAAGCUCCUACUCUCCGAGCACGUUCAACGUCAAAGAGAUAAAUGUAGUUUUGAAAUACGUUUACGAUUUAAUAAAUAAUAAAACCGAAUUCGGCCAAGUUACUGCUGAAGAUAUAGGUAUUGUUACGCCGUUUAAGGAGCAAAGUAUGAGAAUCAAGAAAAUAUUACAGCAGGAAGACGCUAAAGAGAAAAAAAAGAUCAAAGAUAACGUUGAUACUGAAAAUACAGUCCAUGUUUUCGAAAAGUAUAAAAAGGGCGAAAAGAACGAGCUCAAAUCGGAUGAAGUAAUCCAAAAUAAAAAUACAAAAGAAACGAAUAUCAAAAUAAAAGACGACAAAGAGAAACUUAUAAAUGAAGUAGGAAAGGAUGGAAAAACGAAAGUGAAGGUGCAAAAAAUAAAGAACGCCAAAUGUCAAGCAGCUAAUGAUGUGAAUGAGAUUAAGUGCAGAAAUUUGAAAAACAUCAAUGUUGGAACUGUAGAACUCUUUCAAGGGCAGGAAAGAAAAAUUAUAAUAAUGACUACGGUCAGAAGUAAACUGCUCUUGCACGAUGGCAAACAGCACCUUGGCUUCUUGUCAAAUCCAAAGCGAUUCAAUGUUGCCAUGACGCGCGCUCAAGCAGCCCUCAUCGUCAUUGGAAAUCCCAGAAUUCUGCAAGAGGACGAAAUGUGGCGAUAUUUCUUGAAAUAUUGCAUAGACAACGGCUCGUACCGUGGAUACAAAUUCGCUCUGUCGGAAUCACAUAGUAAUAACCCAAAACCCGUGCUGUCCGGAUCGCAAAGAAUUACUACUUCAGCAAAAUUAUUCAAAGGAAAACCAUUCAAAUUCUUCCCAUUGGAUGCUAUUGAAUCAAAAAAAAUGACUGCUGAUGUACUUGCAAAGUCUAGAAGAUGUAAAUAUAAAGAGCCAGCCCAAUCGAAACUUUGCGAGAGCUUCAGAAAAUUGAGUCUGACAUAG